AUGUUUAUUCGUUAUUGCUAUAUUACUGUAGUACUUCUGAUUUUGCCUGUAAUCUGUCAGGAAAGAAACACGACAUAUGAGGUCGAUAUAAGAGAUGAGAAUCACAUGAUUGCAAAAUACAUAGCGGUUAUACUUUCUAUCAUAUUCUUGCUUUACGGAAUUAUUAGUAAUACAUUAAUGACGAUCGUGUUGUUCUGUCGCGGAAAAGAGAAUCGUUACAGUCAUGGAUUUGUUCUUAUCGCAAUACAACUGAUUAUUUGCAAUUUCAUGGCUUUUCUACCACAAAUGUAUCUUGUGUUGCCUGAAAUAUUACAAACUGAAAGCAAUUCACAUGAGAACACAAAGGCAUGGAUUAGCAUUGCAUUCUCAACCUGCAAGAGUUUUUCACUUUUUGUCAUACUACAUUUUUCGCUACUGCUGGCGGUGAAUCGCUUCGUGGCACUAAUUUUACCAAAAUACAACGCUAUUUUCGAAUCAACAAGGCUGUACUUUAUAACCGCUUUCAUGUGGUUAAUACUUUUAGCAUUACAAACUGCAGAUUCUUAUUAUUGCACCAGAAAAUUCCAUGUGUGGAACUUAUGUUGGGCAAGAAAUUGUGUAAAGUCCAAUGGAGUGCAACUUUGGUUGAGGAUUCGUGAUAUUUGGAAACUAACCAUACCUAAUGCUAUGUUUGUUAUAUAUGUUGCAAUAUUCUACAGCAUACAUCUUCAACGUCGAAGAAUUUCGGCCACUGAAAGUGAAACGAAUGGUAUGGAUAUUAGCCAUUAUGAGUGGUCCAUGUUAACGCAGGCUGUGUGGUAUUGUGGUACAAUGGAAAUUGGAAUUAUUAUUAAUAAAUAUUUGCCAAGAAUUUGGAAUAGAUAUUUCGAAAAAAACAAUAAUAUUCCAAUGAGGAUUUUUUUAAAUUGCUACAUCAUUUUCAUUUGCGCCUUACUGCCUACUAUACAUUUUAUUUACAGCGAGGAUUCACGUGAUAUCAUAAAACAUUAUUUAUAUCAUUUUUUGAAAUUGAAAAUCGGACGAAUAAAAAAUAUGGUCACCAAUCAAAGUUUUAGAACAUGA